AUGAACAUCGUGGAUAUCCUUGAUUAUGUUGGAGAAUCAGUGAGACCGAUUAAGGAAGGAUAUGCAGUUUUUGCGGCCAAUCAUAUCGUCUGCAUAGGUUACCGUAAUGUCCAACGCAGUGAUAUGCUAACGGAAGUGGUUGGUUACGUAACUCAAACCUCCCAUCCAGGAUGUUCCCCGCACGAAGUUCUGUUGCUAGUUGGGCCGGAUAUUUCAAGAUGGAUAUUGAAAUGCUCUUGCAAAGCUGGCACAGCCAAGUGCAAGCAUAUAAUCGCUUGUCUUUUGUUCAUUGAAAAAAAUCGUCUACUGGAAUACAUUUCGUGCACAGACGUGACUCAGGCAUGGGGCAUUUCAAAAGCUGGGAGAAAAGCUACAUGGGGAGCAAAGCGAGUCACAGAUCUGUGUUGUGUAAAUAAGCCUAAACUUCUUGAAACACCGGAGAGCAAUGCCGAAUUGGAGUUAUUAACAACCAGUUUCAACAGGAUCCUGAAUGUGUCAAAAAACUCUUCCAUAUACAAACACAUCCAAGGAAGACAUAUGAAUGAACCAAAAACAUUUCCGAAUCGAGCGAUACAAAGUUCUCGUGGAACUGACAACUCGACCCCCUACAUCGAUGCCAAAGAGUUAAUAACGUGCCUAGAAAAACCUUCUUCUAUAGUAGUUCAAACGAUGCCUAUUGAAAUCAAAGAAUAUCGUGAAUACUUUGAGAAGGCAAUUAAAGUUAAUAUAGAGAAGUGUGUUGAAAUCGCUAUUGAGACGCAGGACCAGAAUACGAACAGCUGGCGAAUCUUUCGCUCUAAGCGUAUAACAGCAAGUUCAGCUUACAAACUUUUUACGUAUUUAAAUAAUAAACGUCCAGAUUGGGAUAGAAAGAUAUCUCAAUAUUGGGAUAGCAAAACAUUAAAAGUUGCGGCUACAAAAUACGGAAAGGAAGCGGAACCUUUCGCUUUCAAUUGCUACAGAAAGUAUAAUCCAAACAUAAAGAAAUGUGGGCUGGUAAUACAUCCGACGGAGUGUUGGAUGGCAGGGUCACCGGAUGGAGUUGAUCCGAUAUCCAAUAUCGUUCUAGAAAUUAAAUGCCCCAUGAACAAAGACGCAUCACUGACAGAUAUCAUGAAUUCAAAUGCUAUAAAACUGUAUAUAAAAAAUGCCCUGUUUCAGAAGAACUGUUACUAA